CACCAAUAAGUGCUGAUGUCUGAUUUUUAUCAAAAUGUAAACAUAACCUCAAAGUAAUAUAAAAGUAAUUUUCUUAUUUAACGUUAUUCUUUUGUUUAACAUAUAUAAAAAUUUACCUGUACCAUUAUUAUGUCGAUGUUUCAUAUUUUACAAUACAUUCUCAUAAGUGUAUGUGUGUAUGCAUUUACCGCCUUUAUUUAUCUUGUAUACCACACAAACCAAUUAUAUAAAGCUCAACACAUAAAUUCUAAAGAUUAUGAUUAUAUAAUAGUAGGUUCUGGAACGGCAGGUUCUCUGGUAGCACACAGAAUUGCAAAAGAAACCAAUUUUACUUAUGUUGUGAUUGAGGCCGGAGGAGAAAGUAAUCCACUUUUUGAGAUUCCAAUACUAGGUCCGAUGUUACAUGGAUCAGUUUAUGAUUGGCAAUAUGACACAGUUCCACAAACUAAUGCAUGCCUUGCAAUGGAGGAAAAUAAAUGUAAAAUGACCCAAGGCAAAAUUUUUGGUGGCUCAUCAAAACUCAAUAACAUGAUACAUGUUAGAGGAAACAUUUCGCAUUAUGUCAACUGGUUUCAUGGUAAAUAUACUAAAAAGUAUAUCAAAGAACAGUUUGAAUAUAUUGAAAAAAACAUAAUUCACCUUAACCCUAUUAAAUAUACUACUGAAUUGAGCGAUAACAUUCUACUUGCUGCUCAGGAACUUGGCUAUGAACUUAUAGGCAAAGAUUUUAAACUUGGUUUUACCAAACCAACGGUUUCACAAUUAAAUGGAAAACGUUGGGCAAAUUCUGAUAACUUAGAGAAAAAACAUGUACUGAUUAACACAUUUGUAGAAAAACUAUUAAUUAGAAACAAGAGAUGUUAUGGUGUGCAACUAGCUAAUAAACUUAGAUUAUAUGCUAAGAAAGGUAUAAUUAUAUCAGCUGGUGCAUUGAAUAGUCCAAAAAUUUUGCAAUUAUCUGGUGUUGGGCCAGCUGAAUUAUUAAAGUCAUUUGAUAUACCUAUUUUAAAGGAGUUGCCAGUUGGUAAAAAUCUACAAGACCAUAUAGGGACUGGUUUAGAUUUAGUACUUUUUAAUAAGUCACUUUCGGUCAAUGCAUUUAAUUGCUUUAAUCCAAUCCACAUUUUUCAAUACUUUGUCGAAGGACAGGGUCCUUUUACAACCGCUGGCUGUGAGGUAGUUGGCUUUCUAUCUACGAAAAACAGUACUGAACCUGACAUACAGUUUAUGGUGUUGCCAGUUGGUAUAAGUGCAGACAGGGGUAGUCAUUUAAGAAAAAUUCUUAGAAUAAGAGAUUAUGUAUGGGAUAAUUAUUUCACCAGAGUAUUUGACAAGCAUGCAUCUACAAUUUUAGCUUUAAUUUUACACACUAAGAGUAAAGGAGAAGUUAAUAUACAAAGUAGGAAUCCUGAAAUGCCUCCACUGAUUGAUCCAAAAUAUUUUCAGAACAGAGACGAUGUUGAUACUUUAAUAAAUGCUGUAAAACUCACCAAGACUUUUGUAUUGUCUAAAAAAAUGAAAUCCUUUGGUGCAAUCUUAAAUACCAUUCCUUUCCCAGGAUGCGAGAGCCAUCUGUUCUUCUCCGAUACAUAUUUAGAAUGUUAUAUUAGACAUUUAACUUUAUCAACUUUUCACCCAGUAGGAACUUGUUCUAUGGGCUUGCCAGAUGACUAUAACUCAGUAGUAGAUCCAUCAUUUAAAGUUAUUGGCUUAGACAAUCUGUAUGUAGUAGAUGCAUCAGUGUUGCCAACAUUACCUAGUAGCAAUAUUAAUGCAGCUGUUGCAAUGAUGGCUAACAUUUUCUUUGAAAAUAAUAUAAAACAGCAGAGAAGGCAAAAAAAUAAUAAUAUUUGCUUUCAAAGAUCUUUAUCAGAUAUUUUUAACAAUAUAUGUCCAGUUAAUAAAGUAUCUUUAUGACAAGAUCCAUUUGUAUUAUUGAGAUUGUAUUGUAUUGUAGAUUAUAUUAUAUUGUCUUCUAAUAAGAAGACAUUAUAAGAAUUUAUAAAUAUAUAAAAACGCAAUUUACGAGACUGAUAUC